AUGCCAGAGCUACCAACCCCACACCCAAUGAUGUCGCAAAUAACUCCCGAAAUUCAAAUGCCGAACAUGCAAAUUGCACCUCCCUCACCACUUCCUGUUGAGAAAAUUAGUAUCGAUUUUAAAGAUGAGUACCUCCCAACAGUCGGUACUCUUUUACUUUCAACCGCAUCGUUGGCGUGUAGACAAUUGGACACACAAUAUUUAUCCGCGCUCGAUGGAGAGAAGCAGUUGUAUGCACGAAUUGAAGAAAUCUCGAAAAAAGAGAAGACCGCAAAGCCAGACGAGUUGAUUGAAUUGAGAAAACAAGUUGACGAUAUGAACUUGUCGAUGCUCAAAUUGAAAAAACAACGUAUAGGGAUGUCUGAAGAACUUGGGGACAUCCUUCGAACACUUGGGAAGAAUGAGAGCACUCAGUUGGUCAACGAUCUUGAUUUGAAAAAGAAGGUCGAACUCUACAAAAACGUAAUGGACUUCUUGGCGAGCGAGAAGAAGAAACGCAAAGCGGAAGACAAAGCGAUCUUCGACUUAGACAUGAAAGAGACAAUGAACAAAGCUCUCCAAACCGUCCAAGUCGAAAAGGAAGUUGCGGAGGAGCAGAAGAAAGUCUUCUACGCAACGGUCAACGAAUUUAAGGCGAGAGUGAUGUUACUCACUGAGGCUUUGACUGGUUUUGAUCAUCAGUUGUCUGUUCUUGCAAGCAAGUCUCCGCUUAAAUACCAAGUUCUCGAGAUUGCAAAGAGAGAGGAAGAGAGGUGUAAGAUUGAGAUCAUUAAAAUACGUAGUCUUUUGAAGAAAGCGAGGAAAGAGAAAAAGGGAGUGAUUAAAACGCGCAAAAAUGGUAUUCAGAAAGCAAGAGAUGAGUUGAAAGAAUUACAUAAAGACUUGAAAGAUUUGAAACAGAAGAAAAUAGUGAAAGGAAAGAUUGCUGAGUUUGAGGCCGACAUGAAAAACGUCAAGAAAAAUUGCGAGUUAAAUUCUAUUUUGAAAGAAAUCAAAACGAUUGAAACGAAAAUGUCGGAGGAGAUGAAUCAAAGAGUUGUUAAAGGAAAUCAACUCGCAAAACAGGCAGAAACAAAAUAUGAAAAGGAAGCCCCUUUGUUGUGCAAAAUGGGAAAUGUCAGAGGAUUUAAACUCUUUAAAAGACUCGAGAGACUUGAAAACAGAGUAUCGUCCUUCCAUAAUUAA